CUGCCACGGCUGGGCCUCAGUUCCCGAUUUGGUCACCUCUUCUUCGUUCUCCACUGCGCCCAUGGUUCCUCUUGGAGCCAGGGCGGCGAGCCUGGCGGCUCCCGCGUGGUGAGAGGACGGUCCGGGGACGAUGAAGGCCCCGCACUGCAACUGCUGCCUCAGUCCCCUCUUGAUCUCCGCUUUCCUGCUUCUGCUACUGCUGCCAGGUUUGGGAGGGCCUUUGGCUGUGCUGCUGCAGGCGGCCGAGGCCGCGCCGGACCCCGGGCCUCCGGACCGCGGGCCGCGGACCCUGUCGCCCGUGCCUCCGGGUCCCGCCGUUGCCCAGUCCACGGGCCGCGCUCCCGCAGAAGCUAAAGGGCCGCGGGGCUCUGAGGGAGGCAAUGGCAGCAGCCCCCGGGCAGGACUUGCGUCAGAAGACUCAGGAGGGAAGGCCGGGGAAGAAGACUCAUUGGGUGGCAGCCUUGCUGUGAGCCCCAACCCCGGUGACAAGCCAAUGACCCAGCGGGCCCUGACCGUGUUGAUGGUGGUGAGCGGCGCGGUGCUGGUGUACUUCGUCGUCAGGACGGUCAGGAUGAGAAGAAGAAACCGAAAGACUAGGAGAUACGGAGUUUUGGAUACUAACAUAGAAAACAUGGAGUUGACACCUUUAGAACAAGAUGAUGAGGAUGAUGAUAACACUUUGUUUGAUGCCAAUCAUCCUCGAAGAUAAGAAUGUGCCUUUUGAUGAAAGGACUUCAUCUUUCUACAAUGAAGAGCAGAAUUUCUAUGUUUAAGGAAUAAGAAGCCACUUUAUCACUAGGGGCGGGGUAUUUAAGUUAUAUAUAUUAUAACAACCUUUAAUUUGUUGUUGCAAUAAAUACUGUAUCAUUUUGUUAUGUCUUUGAAUGUACAGGAGUGCUCUUAAUGGGCUCACAGUUGUUGGGAGUGAACUGCACUAUAGUAGAAAUCUGUGUGAAAAUUACUUUAAAGCAGGGUGUUUUCUGAUCAGUUAUUGUUUCUUGCUUACGAUAUUGUUGUAAACAGUUUUAUAUAUUAAUCAGUUAAUG